AUGACGUCAAACGCUGCUAUGGCAACCGUUGAUUGGUGCCCACAGCUCCCCGGCCCCAGCGCAACCGCCGCUCCCCGGCGCGCGCCCGCCCCGCCCCGCUCGCCCUCCAGCCCGCCCGCGCCCGAGGCAAGCGGAGGGGAGCGCGUCCCCGAGCCGAGCCGCGCUCCCGACCCUGCCUUUCACCACCCCGCGUGCUCGGCUCGUUCCCCGCCGCCCCCGCGAGCGAGCGGCCCGCCCGUCCGUCCGCCCUCCCUCCCCGCCCCUGCGGCCCGCGGAAGGAAGCCUCUCCCCGCCCCCACCGCUCCUGGCAGGCACAUCCGGGACCUUCGCAUCUCCCCACCCUCCCCCACCCUCUCCCUCCUCCUGGCCGCCCUUCUCUCCGCGGUUGGAAUGGCUGCGGGGUCGGGGGACUGCGGCUCUGCGGCCAGGGCUUUGUGA